GCCACCGACGGCCCAGCUCCACAGACUUUCAGUGAUACCCAGGUUUGUUAAAUUGAGACUGUGUCGACUUUACGUCAGCAGCAGACCUAUUUACUUCAGCGUGCGAACUUCAGAAGCGGCUGAAGAAAGAAACGUGACCUCAGAAGAACUCCUCUCUCACCAGACAAACAUGUCUAAGCUGGAGGCCUUGGUACUGGAUGGACUGAUGUCGGAUUUGAUUGUCCAGAAGCAGCGGAAGUCCCUGACUGAGGCCCUCAGACAGCAGCUGCAGGAGACAGAGAACAGACAUUUAGAGUUGCUGGAGAGGAGGAUUCAUCAGAACGCUCUCCUGUCGACAGAUGUUCACCAAGAGACCUAUGAUAAAAAAGAAUUGAACGCUCAGACCAAACCUGUUGGAAUGAGGAGAUCCAUCUCUACAUAUUCCAUGGCCUUAGUCAAAGACACCUCACCCCAUGUUAGAUGGACAGAGACGCCUAACUCAACUUCUUCAGCCUGGGUACACUGUUCAGUCACAGCUUCCAAGACCCAACAGUGUGAACGGUCCACUUUAUCUAAAACAACACAGAUGAGGAAAGAGGAGGAGGCCGAGGCUGAAUGCCAGAAGAAGUUUUGCGCCCACCCAGUCCCCAGCCAUGUCAUGCAGCCUCUCUACCAGGAGAUGAUGGAGCUGCAAAAGAAAGAGAGGAAGCAGGGUCUCGAGCAGAGGAAGAACUUCUUGCUCUCCAUUCAGAAACCUUUCACUUUCCAGGAGAGAGAGAAAGAGAAAAGGGAGAAACUGAUAGCUUUGUUGAACCAGAUCUCACCGGAGCAGGAAAACAAGGCAGCUGCUGUCAGGAAACCUCCUCGCAAAGUGGAAAAGGACCCGCUACAUUCUAAACUGAAAGCCGGGGAGGAGUUCGGCCGGACAGUCCACGCUCAGACAACCAUGCUGGUGAAUUCCUCUGCACCCUGCAUGCCAAAGCUCAGCACCGCCAAGCGGACCAGGAAAGAAAAGCUGGGCUUCCUGGAUGAGAAGCCCAGCUUCCAGCCAAAAAUCAUCCAGCAGAUCCCAGAUUUCCGCAGGUUGCACAAGGCCUUGCAGACAGAGGUGCUGAGGAAAUCUCAGAGUAGAGAUGUGACAAAGUGUCAGCCCUUCAAACUCAGAACAUCAGCUCUGCCUGAAAGACAAAGAAAGAUGAGCCCAAAAAAAGAUCAGGAACCAAAACUAGGUCAUCUCAGUAGAAGUAAGUCCCUUGGGGCCUUAACGUCACUGUCCACAGACACACUGCCCACAUACAUUACAGAUGCUGUGAGGCAGCGCAGCAUGGCCAUCAGAAACUCCUUGGAGUUGAGGGACAGUAAGAAUCAGGAGCAUGAAGAGUGGUUGAGGAAAUAUCAAACGAGGUCCCAGGCCAUGAAGAAAACAGUCGCCCUCCAUGCAAAGCUGCUGGACCCACACAGCAGCUUGAAAGAAGUGCAUGAUGACAAACUAAAGCUACACACGAUGGCGGACCAGCAGAGGAUGAGAGAGUACAUGACAGAGUUACAGCACAUGAAGGCCCGAGUUAGUGAACGCCCUUAUCUCUUCGAGCAGGUGAAGCAGAGAAACGCAAAGGCUCUCGCGGAGCAGACGUACAGGGACAAGCUGAGGAAAGCUGGGUUCAUGGAGCAGUUUGUCGAAGAAAAAGGUGCCGCGACAGAAGAAACAUCAUACUCAUCCAGAUCUGAGGACGACGCCAACGAAAAUGACCAAAGACGUGAAAAUGACAUUCAUCGCAGGGAAGGAAAUUUAGACGACGGGGAGAAAAUUGAAGAUGUGGAAGAGGAGAGCGUGAAGUCCAAAGGGGAAGAAAGGCCAUGAUCAAAAAGGUCGAGACGCCACCGUUUUCUGUGGCCUUCCCACCAGAAAACAACACUGUGCUCAGGAAUGAUUCAUGUCAUGGCAAUCUGCACCAAACGUUUGAUAGUUUAAGAUGUGCAAAAGUACAAAUUAUAGAAUGUUCUGAACUUUGACAUUCAUGGAUGUCACAGCUGGGAAAUGUCAAAGUUCCUACAUAACUGCAAACUCUUUAUAUGUGUGGGUAAGUAGUUAAUAAGUAAUUACUAUUUCAUAUGCUUUGAGUUUAACACACAUAUACAGAAUACAAAAUUACAAAUGAGGACACCAACAGACAUUCAAACUAAAUUGUAUUUGCCACUUCCCUUAAACAUACUUUUCAUAGUUAAGUUAGAAAAAUUCAAUACAUGUAUAUGUUUUGAUUGCAUGGGACACGAGAAAUCUGACCUGCAUAUUUUCUCAGAUGAGGUUAAACUUCCCGGUAAUUUCUCCAGCCACACUGGCACCUAAAUAAACAACCCUCACCGUGCAUCUGCAUUUUCACACAGAGCAGCUCAGCGGUUUGCUCCCAGGCCCAGAGACCCACAUCAAGUAGACGCUUGUUGUUGCACGUUCACUGUCUUGCCUGUGCCUGGACAGCAAACGACCAGAGAUUUCGAGAGAUCGUUUUAACUUACAAACCACAUGGGAAUGUCUGGAAAUGUAUGUAAUCAUAAUCAAAAAGUCAUCAUGUGAACCCCCACAUACCAUAUGGUUACUUUAGUAGGCUAGUGUGUCAUGCAUUCAAGCUAUGGAAGGCCAUUUUUAGGUCAAAAUAUCGUGAGAAA